CAAAUUCUCCCUGCAUUUUUUAUAUUUUCGUGCGUUAAUGGCUGCCCUAGAUGAUUUUCAAGGUUUUUCUGGAUAAAAAACGUAAAUGUUAUGUUUUUUCUAGGUUUCUAUGAUUCUAUCUCGGUUAUUUUGUGUUGAGAAAGGAAGGAACCACUCAGAUAUUGGCAGUUUGAGAUUUCAGGGGAAAAACCAGUUAAUCUUUGAGAAUUGGGGUUUUAGGCUGGAUUAGAAGGAGGGUUUUCUCUCUGUAAAGGAAACUCCUGCUAACUCUGUGAAUUGUGCAAAAAUGGAGUGUUCCUGUGACUGUAGUUGGGAAGGAAGAGUGUUUAUUUGAAGAGAAUUUGUUGUAGAAUUGAAUGCCGCAUUGGAUGAAUUCUUGUGCUUCUGGGGCAUAAGAUUCAAAAUUGAUGCUCAUGCCAAAUCUGAUAGACGCAGAGUUUCUUUCUCAUGGCUAUCUGUCUCCAAUCUUCCCCUUCAAUCAUUUGUCUCCACUCUCGCUCUGCAUCUCUUCCUCAAGCUUUAUGCAAACGCUUCAACAGCAGGAACAACAUCAAACGCAACCAUACCAGCAAGGAUUCAAAGAUUUCAUUCAAUAGAGAAGCUAAAAUCCUUGAUGGAUUUGGCCCACUCAGGCCAUUGGACUCAACCAUGGAGCUCAUCGACCCCCCUGGUUCAGACUCAGGCUUACAAUUCAGAGAGAAGCUCAUAUAUCUGGAAAAGAUGAAGGUGAGCUCCAUUGCAGCUCUGGAGAGAAACCCACUUCUUCGUUCCACCUCUAUCAAUCAGGUGAAGCUCAUUGAGAAGUGUCUCAGCUCCAUGGGUUUAACAAAGAAUGACAUUGGUCGCAUUUUUAGUAUGCUUCCUCAACUCUUAACCUGUGAUCCUGAUAAAGAUCUAUACCCAGUUUUUGAAUUCUUGUUAAACGAAGUGAAAAUUCCAUAUGAGGAUAUCCGAAAAACCAUAGUGAGAUGUCCUAGACUGCUGGUUUCUAGUGUUAGAGACCAACUUAGGCCUGCUUUUUAUUUCUUGCAGAGAUUGGGUUUUGUUGGGCCUCAUGCUGUGAAUUGCCAAACCACUCUUUUAUUGGUCUCUAAUGUGGAGAACACACUUAUUCCCAAAUUGGAUUAUUUGCAAAGCCUUGGGUUCUCUUAUAGGGAGAGUGUUAAGAUGGUAUUGAGGUCGCCAGGGCUCUUCACUUUCAGUAUCAGGAAUAAUUUCGAGCCUAAAGUAGAUUACUUCCUAAAUGAAAUUGGGGGAGAUUUGGAGGAAUUGAAGAGAUUUCCACAAUAUUUCUCUUUCAGUUUAGAGGGGAAGAUAAAGCCCAGGCAUAGGCUUUUGGUUGAAUACAAUUUGUCACUCCCUUUGGCUGAUAUGCUCAAGGUUAGUGAUGGUGAGUUUCGAGACCUGCUAGUUGAAAUGCGAUUGCAGGCUGUUGAUAAGAAACUACAAUAGAGGUAAUGGGUUUAUUAUCCAUUUAAACUGGGUUCUUUUAAUUUUGAGAGAGGAUAUAUUAGGGGCAUUGACAAAAAAAUGGGUUUUGCUAUGUAAUUAGCAAUGUGGUGGUCCUGAAGAUGUAUGCUGUAUGAUAUUACCGAAAUGACAUUGGAUAUAACCUUGUAAACACUUGGGAAUGUUAUCCAUUUUUAAUGGGCUUCUGUUAAGAACAAGAGACAGAAUAAAUGGGUUUGACGGUCAUAUAUUAGUGCUGCACUAUGUACUAUAUCAUUGAUAUGUCAAGGGAUAUAAGGUUGGAAAUGGGCUUUAACAUGGUUGUAUUAGCUCUCCUUCCACUUUUCUGUACCUUGAGUUGAGAAGUGUAUUGGUGGUAAUGCUUCCAUUGAAAGCU